CUAAUCAGCUGAUCGGAUCCUGAUCCUGCCUUUCUGGUCUGCCCUCUUUGCAUCGCUGCAUGGCACAUUGGCAGAGUUGGAAAGAAUUUAUUUCAUUUACUUUUCUGCGUCUUAUAAAGAUUUCAGCUGGUUCCGAAUUUUCUUACGGAACCGAAAACCAAAAUUUUGAAGAUGGAACCUGUAGUUAUAGACGGCAGUAUACUCGAAGGUGGUGGGCAGACGUUGAGAAUAUCUUCAGCAUUGAGCGCCAUUCUUGGCGUCCCUAUUAGGAUCCAUAGCAUCCGUGCUGGGAGAUCAACUCCAGGACUACGACCUCAGCACUUAACUGGCCUAAAUCUGAUCAAAGACCUGACAAAUGGAUCUUUGGAGGGUGGAAACAUUGGCUCGACAGAGAUCACACUCAGACCAAGCCAAAUUAGUGGUGGGGAGUUUUCGGUUGAUACUAAAACAGCUGGGAGUAUAACGCUGAUUGUCCAAGCUAUCCUACCAUGCCUACUUUUUGCUGGUAAAAAAAGUGUAAUCAAGAUGAAAGGAGGAACGAAUGUUGAAAUGUCUCCACCACUAGACUAUUUUACUGAUGUUUUCUCCUCUGUUGCUAAAAGAUUUGGCAUCAGUUUCUCCUGCAAACUCAUUAAAAGAGGUUUUUAUCCCAAAGGAUGUGGAGAAGUUGAUUUGACAGUGGAACCAGUUAAAAGGCUAUCCUGUGUCACCUUGGACCAGCCUCAAACUCUCAAAUGUGUAAAUGGUGUGUCCUUCGUCGCUGGCACCAUACCGAUCCGCGUCGCCAACGAGAUGGCACAUUCUGCUACCUUGAAAAUUCACGAUUCUCUUGGAAACAUUCCGGUCAAUAUCCACCAGUUUAAGGAGAUUAAAGCUUUCGGCAACGGAGCUGCUCUAAUACUAUCAUGUGAAACUGCCGAUGGAAUGUUGCUUGGUGGAACAGGAUUAGGUAAGCCACGAAAUGCUGCCAAUCAGGUCGGACAAGAGGCAGCUGACGAGCUUAUCGAGUCAUGUUUUCGAAAAGUCUGCUUGGAUCAGUACGCCCAAGAUCAGGUGAUUAUAUUUAUGGCCUUGGCUGAGGGUAUUUCAAAAGUUUUGGUGGGGCCCCCUACGUUACACACGCGGACCGCCAUUCAUGUAACAUCGCAACUCACGGGAGUGAAAUUUGACAUUAUUGAUCUGAAGACGCAGCCUGAAACGUUCAUCAUAGAAUGUAAAGAACUUUGAUAGACGUCGAAUCGACUAGAUUGUCGAAAUCUUUCUCGGGACAAAUGUCGAUGGAGACACAAUAAUCGACAGGUUUCAAAUCGUCUAUCGACAGUCCGUUUGCUGAUAAAAUGGUGACUGCAGAAAAGGUUAAAUCUUCCUUGCUGGUUUCACUAAAAUCAGUUUUCAUCCCUUUGCGACACCAUAAUGAGCAACGGACAGAUGUGGCCAGGUAGGCAACAACUAACAAACAAACACAAGUGGCAAAAAUCACAACAACAGCGAUAUCUUCCAUGGUUUGAUAAAUUCACUUGUUAAGUUGAAUGUCAAUAAUGAUUGUUAUUUAUAUGAGCGUCCACCUUCUUCGGCUGAUGGCGAGAGAAUGGUUUGUAAACUAGGCAAGAGUUUCCUAUUUGAAGACGUUCAUGAAUGCGAAUCACCUGUCAUUUUGAUCAAGCAAGCUCCCACGGUGUACAUUCAAAAUGGUAUUCCCCCUUUCCCGCAAUAUUCGCCUUCCGGCCAACUGAGUGAAAUCGGUUCACGGGAAAUUGGUUGCGCGAUGAAUUCCACCCGUACAACAGCACGAAAGCUAUCACGUCACGCAUAAAGGAAAACCCACGAAGACUCCCGAGGCGAUCAAUGAUCAAAAGAUAACUAUGUUAAGUGCAGAUGUUUUAAAAUUCAACAUGUGUUUACCAGCAUUUAUCAUUUACAAAACGCAUUUUAUUAUGCAACUUGGAAUACUUCUUAAUGCAAAAAUAAUUAUUGCAGAUAUUGAGGUAAUGAUUUUCAACAUUUG